AUGAGUGAACGGAAAUCCCUUCUGAAGUUUUUCAACAAGUUGAGCGGGCAACCCGAGCUGUAUGCUAAGAAGCAGCAGUACACGUUUGGCCGCACGCUUGGUGCGGGGCUGUUCGGUAUCGUACGGUACGCUCGGGACAACGAGACCAAUGAAGAGGUGGCGGUCAAAAUCAUCUUGAAAAAGGCUUUGAAGGGCAAUGAAUCCAUGGUUCUCGACGAAAUGAAGUUGUUGGAGCAAUUACACCACCCUAACAUUGUCGGGUUCCGCAAUUGGUUCGAACUGAAGGACAAGUACUACCUUGUGACCCAAUUGGCUACCGGAGGCGAAUUGUUCGACCGGAUUGUUGCCCGGGGACGUUUUACCGAGAAGGACGCCCUGUUGGUGAUUGUGCAGGUUUUGGAAGCUUUGAAAUAUUUGCACCACAGAGACAUUGUUCACCGCGAUAUUAAACCGGAAAAUAUUCUCUACCUUACUCCUGAUGAGGAUGCCAAUGUGGUUUUGGCUGACUUUGGGAUUGCCAAGCAAUUGAAAGACCCCAAGGAUAUGCUUUUCACGUCGGCUGGCCUGUUUGGUUAUGCUGCCCCUGAAGUCAUCAUGGGCACGGGCCACGGUAAGCCGUGCGAUGUUUGGCUGUUGGGUGUGAUUUGCUACUCAUUGCUUUGCGGUUACUCGCCGUUCCGUUCGGAGAAUGUGAAUGACUUUAUCAAUGAAGUUAAGCACAACAACGCGGUUAUCUUCCACGCCGACUAUUGGAGGGAUGUCCUGAAGGAUGCCCGCAGAUUCAUCAUCAAGGCAUUGCAGUUCGAUCCUACUAAGCGCCCUACCGUGGAUGAAUUAUUGCAAGACCCGUGGUUGGUGCUGGUUGCCAGUAAGCAUACCGAAACUGACUUGUUGCCCAACCUCAAGGAAGGUUUCGAUGCAAAGGCUAAAUUUAGACAUGCGAUUGAGAUCGUCAAGCUUAACAACCGUAUCAAGAAACUCAAAGAAUUGCAAGGUGACGAUGGUGAUGAUGAUCCUUCUGAAAUUGACCACUUUGACGCUCAUGGAUCUAUUGUUCAACAUAAUGACGACGCUUCCUUCCAACAAAGUCUUCAAAACCAACACGCGCCUCUGUGGGACAGCUUCAGCGACGCCGUCAGUCUGUUAUCUCUCAAGGAUAUCGACCUGCAAGCGAGUUUGUCAUCGUUAAAGCUGCCUUAUGCCAAAAAGAAGAAGGGGGCCGCUGGCGACGCUUUUGCCCAGUUGGUGCAAGCUGCCAGUUCAAAUCGUGAUCGAGUAUUAUCUUAUCAAAAUGAAACGCAAGCGGAGGAGACCAAAAAAACCGCCGAUGCUACGGACUCGGCAAAGACGACCUAA